UGGUCAGAUACUCUUUUAAUUUUUUUAAAAAAAAUGUUGCAUCACAAAUUUAACCCCCCCCCUCUCCCCCUCGUAACAAAUCGUCACAAAAUCGCCAACUUUUUUUUACAUUGUUUAUUUACAUUUUUAAAUUUAACUUUUAUAACAACGAGGAGUUAGUAUUCAUCAUCAAGAACAUAUCUUACAUCCUUGUCACGAUUUAAACCCAAAAGAUAACAUUUAAUUUCAAAAUACAAAUGAUACAUGGAGAAAACAAUAAUUUUAUUAACAAAAAGUUUGUUAUUGUUGUAUUUAAAAAUGAAAAUGAUAACAGAGGAAAAUGUUCAAUGGAAGUUAUACCAUCUUGCUUGCUUAUUGGAGCUGAUAUGUGUUAUUGGCCACCAAAACGCACUAGUUUAUCCAGAAUUGGACAUUAUAUUGAAACAUGUGCCAAAUAUGAAAUCAACUGGCAAAGGUUUUCCAUAAAGAUUCUUUCAAGCACAGACAACCUUAAAUCUGCCAAUGAACUUGCUGAAAAAAUCCUAUACACGUCAAAUGUAGAAACAGAGGAUAGUGAGUUUGAAACAGAGCAUUGUACAAAAAAAACAAAACCUUUUCUUGAUGCAGAAAGUGAUGGCGAUAUUUCUGAUGUGUCUGCAAAAAUGUGUGGUUUAAAAAAAAGUACUAAAAAAUCUAAAUUUACACCUUCAGUAUUUAAUCCAGUUAUCAUGUCUAAAACGCCAGACAGACUUGAUGUACCAGCUGCUGAAAUAACAGAAGUUCCAACAAGGUUUGAAUCACAAAUUGAUUUUGCAGUAAAUAAAGCAAAACUGCAGCAUUUUGAUCAGCAUGCUUUUGCGAUGAGAUUUUUUGCAUUUGAAAAGUCAUGCUUAGAUCUUUUAAACGGUGAUCGUUAUGAUAUUAAAAAUAUAAGAAAUCGUUUGGAUAACAUUGAGAAUAGGCUGCAAACUUUUAAAGAACCUGCUAUUGACCAAACCAUGUUAGCGUCAACUACACUCCAAACACAAUGGCAUAAUAUAUUGCCUAUAUUAAGCGAAAUAGACUUAGAAAACAUAGAAAUGAUGAUAGCAGAAAAAACUGUCAGUGAUUCUUUGGUUUGUCAUCUUGUUUUGUUGGGCGGCGAAAACUAUAAAAGAAUGACAACGGAUGUAAUUAAGUCCAUGUUUUCUAAACAAGUUAGCCUUUCAUAUUCUGCGCAUGGCAAAAAAGGCAAAAAAUCAUUAAUUAAACACUCAAUUUAUAAUGUUAUAAUUGUUGCUGUUAGACGGAGGUUUCCUGAAGCAACUGAAAAACAGAUAAGAGAAAGAAUUGGAUCCUGUUUGACGACUUCUCGAGACUAGAAUGGUCGUCGUAAAAGUCGAUCAUUAACUCUGCCUACUGAGCCAAUAUCGUUUGGCAACAGCACCUUUGAUAAUCUUAAUUAAAUGGACAGUAAAUAAAAGUAUCUUGUGCAAAA